CCGCGGCCGGAGGGAGUGGAGUCCGGCCGGAGCGGGAGGCGGCCCGGCGGAGUGUCCGGCCUCGAAAAAGAUUGAAUUUCAGAACAAACAUGCAGAAUGCAGUUCAAGUGUGGUUUGGAGAAGAUCUGCCUCUAAGUCCACGAAGUCCUCUGACUCCCAGACAUGGGCCAGGUUUGGCAGAUGUUUAUCAGUAUGAUGAAUGGAUAGCUGUCCGGCAUGAAGCUACCCUGGUGCCUAUGCAAGAAGAUCUUUCAAUCUGGUUAACUGGUUUACUAGGAGUAAAAGUUACAACUGAAAGGUUAUUGGAAGAACUUGAUAAUGGGGUACUACUUUGUCAGUUGAUUGAAGUCCUUCAAAAAACUGUUAAAGUAUGCUGUAGCUCAAAGGAACUAUCAGAUUUUCCAAUGAAAAAAGUCUCUUGUAAAAAAGAUGCUUCUUCAGGCUCAUUUUUUGCUAGAGACAAUACUGCAAAUUUCCUUCACUGGUGUAGGUGCCUUGGUGUUGAUGAGACUUAUCUCUUUGAAUCUGAGGGUUUAGUUUUGCACAAAGACCCAAGACAAGUGUAUCUUUGCUUGCUUGAAAUUGGUCGAAUUGUAUCAAGAUAUGGAGUUGAGCCACCUGUGUUGGUAAAACUAGAGAAAGAAAUUGAGCUGGAAGAGACCUUGCUAAAUACCUCUGGACCUCUAAUUCCUAUCAACACUCCGAAGACAUGUUGUCACCACGAGGAACUACAUGAAGCUGUUAAGCAUAUAGCUGAAGAUCCUCCCUGUAGCUGUUCUCAUCGAUUUUCUAUUGAGUACUUGUCAGAAGGACGUUAUCGGUUGGGAGAUAAAAUACUUUUUAUAAGGAUGCUUCAUGGCAAGCAUGUAAUGGUUCGUGUUGGCGGAGGCUGGGAUACUCUUCAAGGUUUUUUACUCAAAUAUGAUCCUUGCCGUGUGUUGCAAUUUGCAACUCUUGAGCAAAAAAUUCUUGCAUUUCAAAAAGGCAUUUCAAAUGAAAGUGUCCCUGAUUCGUCAGUUAGACCACCACAGCCUCCCUUAAUGAAUCCUCUGUCAGCAGUCAAUAUGUAUCAGAAGCAAAAUUUCAAACCCUCUACUCCAGUUUCCGCCGUCAGGGCCAGAGUUAAGCAGGCUACUUCCAAACACCCUCAGACAUCUCCAAAAGCUGUAAUGUGCCCCUCGUCCUCUCUGAAAUCAGGUCAACUGAAUUCUGGUGUAGGCCGUUCUAAAUUAGCAAGUUCGCCGGCAACAGAUUCUCCGCUACAUCAUAAAACUUUAAAAGCAUCGUCAAAGAAAAUGGACUUUCCUGCCAAAAAUGUUCAGUCUUCCGUUGUUGCUCCCCGUCUUGCUCAUCCAGUAAGUAAAAGCACUUCUUCACCCACAGCUGUUGGCCCCGAGUCCCUGCGCAAGCGCAUUUUGUCACCGGAUAAUCCCAGAAUCAGGUUUUCACCAUCCCAGAAUUCUUCCAGAGGCAAGCCAAAUGCUCCACUUUCUCCCUCUUCCAGUAAACAUUCCGGUAAAACAGAAACCACUGAUUCUAAACACCAAAAUGCUAUUCCCACCAAGUGCAAUUUAAUGUCCCAUUCAGCAACACACCUAAAUUCAUCAAAAUCUCCUAGCCAUACACCUAAUACAAAUUUACACGUGGGAUCUAGGCUUCCACCUUCACAUCAAUCUCUUGCAAAAACAGCAAAAUCCUGUUCCAAAAGUACAACAAAAACAGUAACAGGGCCUCAGUUAUCUGGCCGAGGGCCCCAAGCAGGUUUGAAACAGGCCCAGAAGGUGAAAUCAACCCAGAUGCUCACCCCACCAGCAUCUGUAUCUUCAGCCUCUCCUGCCAAAGCUGCAAGGUUGACACCUAUCCUGGAAUCGAAUCGUAACAACGCUGCUUCAACUGCUAAAAAUAAGCCCCAGAAUAAGUUUAAAGGCCUUCCGGUUGGAUCUAGUUCCACAAAACCUAUUGGGCGCACCCCUCUGUCAGUUGUGAAGCUUCCCCAGUCUUCUUCAAAAACACAAAUUAUAGGAAAGACGACCCAACCUUCCCCAAAGAGCCAGUCUUCAGUGAAAGCACCACAAAAAACGGGCCAAAUUCCGGCUUCUUCGGAAAAGAAGCCACUCUUAGCUAACAAGGAAACAGUUAGUGGUGCCAAAAAACCUAUUUUUAAGAAGGAAGAUGACCAUUAUUUUGUUAUGAUUGGCAGCAAGAAGCCUAGAAAGUAAAGAAGAAAUGUUAAUGUGUGUAUUUUUAAAUCUUAUAUUCACUCUCCCAUUUGUUGCUUUAUCCAGGGAUGUUUGAAAAAUAGGCCCAGGGAAGGGCUUAAUAUGUGUCAGAAAUCAAGUAUACUCAUUUCUCCUGUACCUUAGGGAUUACAUUCUUGAUGAGUCCUCCUCAUUAAAGAAAACUCUCAUCAUGCUAUGGGUGCCUUAAUAUACCAUUCCACGUGCCUACCACUUUGAAAAUAACAAAAAAAAUCACAAUUCUUCUAUUCAGAAAAAUGUGCCUUGUCACCAACAUCGCUCUGUUCAAAAAAAUGUAGAGGAAAUAGGUUAUGAAAGAACUGAGUGUAUAUGCUACAGCAAAAGGUAAAAUGAUGAGGUUUACAGUCAUGAACUGAGCAGUUGGAAUUUAGUAUGACUGGAUUAAAAUUUUCAGCAUUUUGUUAAUGUCCUUGUAAGGAAAUCCAAAGGCUAACUGAUGCUACUAAAAUGUUUAUCAUUUGUAAUCUUUGUGUAAAUGGGUCAACUGUGAGAUGAAGCACCAGUUAUUCUCAUGGUAUUUGCUUGUGCCUAUGGGUUCUUGCAAAAUAAAGAGCCUGGCAUUUUGCUUAAAAAUGUAGUUAGCUUUGGCACAACCCCAAACUUAGCAGGUUGAAUGUUAUUAAAUGCUGCUGGUUCAGCCUGGCUUUACUCUGUUACUGUAGACUUUCUUUGGCUCUUCUAGAUUUUAAUUUAUUCAGCGAUAUGCUUUUCCGACAGGAAUCAGAGUUGAUUCUUCUGUUUUUCUUUCAAAGACUAAUAUUUUAUAUAAUUAUAGUUUCAAUAUAAACUUUAACUUAUUGAUUGAUACACUGUAUUAUGGGCAGUAAUUAAACUGUCUGUGCAAGCUUAUAGAAACCCCAUUCUACAUGGGUAACUGUGCAAUUUUCUAUGAGGAAAACUAGGACUCAGUCGCUCUUGAUCAUAUUGUGCCUUAGCACAACAACUAGGAAAACCAUCACUAAUUGUUUUUCAAUAUUUCAGUAUCAAGUGACUUCAGAAAUUAAAUUUUGCCGUUAGAGAUAUACUGCUGAAAAUAACCUUCGGCUAAUUUUAGGUUAAAACUCAUUUCAAGUACAGCCAUAACAUAACUGGUGAUAGAAAGGAAAAAUUCUGAGCAGAAUGAUACAUAACGGUCUUCCUUAAAGUCUGCUCAGAAGUCUUAGACAGAUUCUUAAAAGGGUAUUUUUGUACAGCUCUUGCUUCUUAGUUCAGCUAUUACGUAUAGGGUGUGGAACACUUGGUGUCUAGUAGAUAUUACCGAGAACGUGGCUUACAACUGUCUAUAGAGAUAAUCUCAAAACUAUAUAAAUCUUAUAGUGUCAGUGCUCUUAGUACUUAUGAACUCGAGACUGACUUUAAAUGACUAUAAAACUAUUAAAAACACAUUUGUUGGGAGCCUUCUAUACAAUAAUUCAUUAAAGUUUUUGAUAAUCACUCCUCAGACCUAUUUUUUAAAGAGAACAGUUUAUUUUAGCAAAGUUUGAGUCUAUUUUAAAAACUUAAUUUGAGUAAAUAAAGGUUUUUCAGUUUAUAAAAGAAGUCCUUUUUUAAUGAUUAAAUGCCUUACCUAUCAGGUGGUGGUAAAGACAGUUUAGGGAUCAUGCAGUUUAACCUUUGAAAUUGUUACACUUGAAUUACAGUUUGAAAAAGAGAUAUCAAAGCACAUGACAUAUGUAUAUAUAUAUGAAUGCUAAUAUAACAGUAUGCAUAAGAAUUAAUUUUUGUGUUCCCAAGUUGCAGGGAAUUAGAAAACUUCAUAUAUGGAACAAUUAAGAAGGAAAGUUUUCAUACUAUUGCUAAUUUAUUAUAGAGAGGCUACUCAGAAGAGAGUAUGAAUUUAAAAUGCAUGAUUUUAUCACUCCAACAGACAACUUAGAGUUUGUUUAGAACGCCAUUCAUGAAAUGGCAUCUCUACUUAGUUUUAUUUCAGCUGUCUACUAUGAAAUAUACCAAUGCUUAUUCUUUUAAUUUUAAAAUGUUGAUCUUUAAAUUGUUGGCAGGAGGAAAAUGGGUAAUCUUAAUUUUUUAAAACUAACAUGACUACAAUAAGGCUGAAUUAAUAAAGGAAUUAAAAAAACAAAACGUUGAACUGCCAAAAGAAUGCAAUAGUGUUUGAAUUCAUUUCCUUUGCCCUAAAGUAUUUGUAUAUCAAAGCUUCUGUUUGGGAAUCUACAGAAAAUACAAUACCAUAUGGAUCACUGAUUUUGAACUGCUGUUCUACAAGGCUGAUGUCUUCCUCACUUGUAUGGGUGGAGAGUGCAAAUGCAAGCAGUGUAAUAGUAUCAAAGAGGGUGUGUUAACACUUUUGUGCACUUGGAACAGAUUUUAGGAGAAAACUCUUCUUGAACACAAAAUAGUAUUAUUUGUGCAUCUUUUCUUAUGUACUAUUCAAGUUUUAAUUUUGUAUAACCUCAUGAUAAAUAAAAUAUACAAGUUU